AUGGCCCGCAAGCAAGCUCCACAGACACAGUACACGCCGCUUUCUCCUUCGCAACUGUCGGAAGAUGCUGAUCUCCGUCAAGUUGACGACCGGGUAUCAUUGAGCGUAGGGGAUUACGACCCUGGGACGUUUGUUCAGCUCGCCCAACUUUCUUCGGCGCCGACCGCUACACCGGCUGACUCACGGCAAACCAUGGAGCGUCAAAGUGCAGUUGCCUCUUUAAGUGUCGAUGCAGCGGGGAAAGCACUUACUGCUGGUGGUAGUGCUGCUAGCGAAGGGCCAAAUGCUGCGCAAGAGCCCCCCACUACCUUUGCCUGGACACCGAAGGCUGCCGAAGCGCUAUUGCGUGUGCGCUACGAGACGAUGCGUGACCGCUUUCAUCGCAAUAAGAGUGCGAAGCAGCUCUCCAUUGCUUGGGGGCUUGUGGCAACGGAGACCUCGCGACUUGGCGGGCUCAUCGUCGACGCGAAGCAGUGCAAGUCAAAGGUACUGUACGACUAUUGA